AUGUUCAUGAAGGGCAACAAUCAUCACCUCAAGGAGAUGAAGGCAAUGGGCAAGCCAGAAUACUUGCUCUACUCAGUCAACAUUGGUGAGGGCUUCAACUUGCGCCGGGAUGUCUACCUUAGAUUUGCUACAUUUGUGCACUCACUUAAUGCCAAGACAAGGAUACACUCAAUGAGGAGUGGAUUUUGGUUCUGCCACCAUGGGACAACGUAUAUCAUUGGUUCAACAGCUGCAGUGCUUCCCCUGCAGCCUGGCGUAGCAUUUACUCGAGGAGAAACUGUCCUGCACGACAACUUCGGGGACCGCAACUGGCGCUGCAGACGCUCCAUGCGCGUCGCUGCCGACCUCGUCAUGGCCGCCACGACGUACAGACGUACGAAGCUCAACUCUACCAAUGAACGUGACCAAGUUACCCUCGCUUCGGACUGGACGCAACACACGAAGUAGCUGAGCUUCGUGAGCAGCUUCACUCUGCGCGAGUGUAUCGCUUCACAGACGAGCAAACAGACGGCAACGCAGCAACAGACGGCAACGCAGCAACAGA